AUGAGUCUGUUGUACGUCAUUGUUGCAUUCGUCUUCUUUGCAUCUAUACUCAUUGCAAGAAAGGCGAAGAAGAAAACAUUGAAUCUACCUCCUGGACCCCCGAAACUUCCUAUCAUUGGCAACCUGCACCAAUUAGGCUCGCAGCCUCACCGUUCGAUAUCCAAAUUUUCUGAAAAAUAUGGAUCUCUAAUGUCCCUAAAUUUCGGCAAAGUAUGUACCGUUGUGGUGUCGACUCCAGAGGCAGCGAGGGAUGUCUUAAAAACAUUCGAUGUAGAUUGUUGUUCCCGACCUUAUCUUACUUACGCUGCAAGGAUUACUUACGGUUUAAACGAUAUCGCAUUUUCUCCCUACAACAAAUAUUGGAGAGAAGUAAGAAAGAUGGCAGUUGUUGAACUCUUCACUGGAAAAAGAGUUCAGUCUUUGCGACAUGUCCGAGAAGACGAAGUUGCCUCGUUUGUUGAUUUCCUGAAACAAUCUGCUUCAGCGGAGAAUCUGGUUAACUUCAACCAGAAGUUAAUGAAGUUGUCAGGGAGUGUGAUUUGUAGAGUUGGAUUUGGGAUAAAUCUUAAAGGGAGCAAACUCGAGAACACUUAUGACGAAGUCAUUCAAGGAACCAUGGAGGUGUUGGGGAAUUUUGCUGCAGCAGAUUACUUCCCGGUCAUUGGUAGGUUUAUCGAUUGGAUCACAGGGUUACAUAGCAAAUGUGAGAAGGUUUUUAAAGCGAUGGAUGCAUUUUUUGAUCAAUGUAUAAAGCUUCAUUUAGACGAUGAGAGUAUCAAAGAUGAUUUCAUUGCCUUGUUACUCAAAUUGGAACGGGAAGAGACGGAACUUGGAGAGUUUCAAUUUACACGAAACCAUACCAAAGGAAUUCUUCUAGAUGUUCUUCUUGGUGGAAUAGACACAGCUGCCACUGCAAUGACAUGGGUGAUGACUCAUUUGAUUGCAAACCCAAGAGUUCUGAAGAAAGUGCAAGCUGAAAUAAGAGAAGUGAUUAAAAACAAAGACGAUAUCACAGAAGAAGAUAUUGAAGGACUCGAGUAUCUGAAACUGGUGAUUAAAGAAACAUUUAGGAUAAACCCACUUUUACCACUUCUAAUUCCAAGAGAGACUUCAAAUGAUGUAAAGAUUGGAGGUUACGACAUUCCAAAGAAGACAUGGAUCCAUGUCAACGCAUGGGCUAUUCACAGGAACCCAAACAUUUGGAAAGAUCCAGAAGUUUUUAUUCCAGAACGGUUUAUCGAGAACAAGAUUGACUAUAAAGGUCUAAAUUUUGAGUUGUUGCCGUUUGGUGGUGGAAGGAGGAUGUGUCCUGGUAUGGGUAUGGGUAUGGCUUUGGUACACUUGACUCUUAUCAACCUUCUUUACCGUUUUGAUUGGAAUCUUCCGGAAGGAAUGGAGGCAAAAGAUGUUGAUGUUGAAGAAUCAUAUGGAAUUGUAUGUCCUAAGAAAACUCCACUUGAGCUUAUCCCAGUCAUUACCAAGUGGACUUAA